GUUGCUGAGGUUGUGUUUCUGUGUUCAGUCAGCAGCAGACCCAACACGACUUUGUGCUGAUUUUAAUGUUUUAAAGGAGGAUGAAGAUGUUGCUGCUGGUCCUGCUUCUCGUGAACGUUUCUCAGCAUGCCCUGGCUGUGCUGGUGGAGGUGAAUGAGGGGGUGGAGUCUGUCCUGCUGCCCUGUCAGUACUCAGGUUUUAUACCUGAGGACCCCACAGUGAUGUGGACUCGCAGUGAUCUCGAUCCCAAAUCUGUCUACCUGCUCAGAGAAGGAGGAGAUGAUCUUAGAGGACAAAACCAGCGUUACAGCGGACGCACAUCAGUGAGGUCUGAUGCUCUGGACUCUGGAGACUUCAGCCUCACUCUGAGGAACCCACAACUGACUGACAGCGGCAGCUACACCUGCUCCAUCAGUGAUGGAAGACGAGAACGGAGACUGAGAGACAUCCAGCUGCAGGUCAAAGACCAGCAGGUGGAGGUGAAGGUGGAGGAAGGCUCAGAGUCUGUCAUCCUGCCCUGCAAAACAACACCUGACCUGCCCGAGGACACCAGGGUGGAGUGGACUCGCUCUGACCGAGAACUCAUGAUCGUCCAUGUGUAUUCUAAUGGAAGUGACCACCUUAACAAACAGGACGGUUUUUACAGAGAGCGAACGAAGAUGAAUGAAGACCUGCUGAGAACUGGAGACCUCAGUCUGACCCUGAAACAGCCCACACAGAGAGACACAGGAGGAUACAUCUGCACCAUCUACAGGGACAAAGACAUCCUGAGACAGAAACUAGUGCUGCAGGUCAAAGAACCAUUUCCAUCCUGGGUGAAAGCUCUCCUGGUUCUCCUGGUUCUUCUUCUGGUUUCUGGAGGUCUUUCGUUUUAUUUUCUGCAGUACUUCAUGUCAGUUUAUAAGGUGGAGGUGGACUCAGGGGUGGAGUCUGUCCAGCUGCCCUGCAAAUCUGCAGUUCAUCUUCCAAAACAUGGUAAAGUGGAGUGGAAGGAUAACGAGGAUGAUAUGGUCCACAUGUAUCAGAACGGCUCUGAUCAGCCUGAAGAACAGCACCAGUUUUUCUGCGACCGAACGAAGAUGAAGAAAAACCGGCUGAGAACUGGAGACCUCAGUCUGACCCUGAAAUACCCCACAGAGAGAGACACUAACACCUACACCUGCACCGUUUACAGAGGGGACGGAAACAUCCUGAUGAAGAAAGAAGUGCUGCUCCAUGUCAGAGUCUGUCAGGUGGAGGUGGAGGAGGGGGUGGAGUCUGUCCAGUUGCCAUUCAAAACCACACAAAACCUGCCUGGAGAUGUUGGAGUGGAGUGGAAGGACAGUUCAUGCAGAAGAGUGCACUUUUAUCCAGAAGGGAGGACUCCUCAGCAGCACCAGGUUUACAGAGACCGAACAAAGAUGAAUGAAGACCUGCUGAGAACUGGAGACCUCAGUCUGACCCUGGAUCAGCCCACAGAGAGAGACAGCGGGAAAUACAUCUGUGAGGUCAAUACAAUGGAGGGAAACACAUGGAAAAUGUUCAGAUACAAAACAGUGCAGCUCAAAGUCAAAGGGAGAGCUCAGGUCCAGGAUCAAACAGGCAUCAUCAGGAACAGAAGCAGCUCCAUUGAUCCGACUCCUCUGAUGGCUGAUCAAUCAGUUUGAUCUGUUUGUUCUUUGAUUAUUGAUCAGUGAUGUCAGAGUGGAGUCAGUGUGAUGUUGUUGUGUGUUUGAGUGUUUUAGUGUCCAUGAAGGUCUCUGCUGCCGUAGAUCCUCUGAACUGUGACAGAGGUCUCACUCUGGAGGAAACUCUCAGCACUUUCCAUCAUGGAGGACGUUCCCUCACUGGAACAGGUGGAGGAGAGAGGAGAGGAAGCACAGGUGGAUGCUCUGAGGAAGAGGAGUGCAGCAUAAUCACAUGAUCAGAGGGGUGUGGACUUCAGUGGUCACAUGUUCCACUUUGAAGGCUCAUCUCCAACAAAGCAGACCUGUGAUCACUUUAACUCACUAUGAUGGAUUGUUGCCAUUUGUCUUUGUGUCUCUGCUGCUUUUCUUGUGUGUCUGUGUGUCUUUGGGAUAUUGGAUAGAGUCAUGUGACCUGCCCAGGGACUACAGAUGGACAUGAGCAGUUUAGUUCCAAUCUGGCAGCUUUCCAUCUUCUACGUUUGUACUGAUGUCCAUGAACAUGCACUGUCCCAGUGAUAUUAAUGCAGAUAAAAACAGCUGCUGACCUUUAACCUGA